CGUUUUCUUCCUUGAGAAACUACCCAAGGCAGCGUGAUAGAGUCUGCUACUUCUUCCUCAGCUCCCUGCAGAAAAAUGUGGGAGAAGCAUCAGGUCAUGCAACCCCCAAGAGCUCCAAAUGGGACCCUUCAUAGAAAGGAGAAAAUGGCAGCCUGGCUCUUCUCCAGGCUGUGGAGAGUCUCUGAUCCAACUCUGUUCCAAAUGACCGUGGUCACUGCUCUAUUGGCUACUGUUCUUGGUGAUUGCGGGCCCCCACCCACUCUAUACUUUGCUUCUCCAAUAAAUGAGUUGAACGAGACAAACUUUGAAACUGGAACUGUUCUGAAAUACGCCUGCCGCCCUGGCUACAGUAAGAUAAGUUCAAGGGCUCAGAUUACCUGUCAACCCAGAGGUGUGUGGCAAUACAGUACCUUCUGUACCAAGAAACGCUGCAGAAACCCAGGAGAAUUACAUAAUGGGCAAAUAAGUAAGACAGAUCUCUAUUUCGGAUCACGAAUAGAAUUCAGCUGUUCAGAAGGAUAUAUCUUAAUUGGCUCAACCACUAGUCAUUGUGACAUCCAAGAUAAAGGAGUUGACUGGAGUGAUCCUCUCCCAGUAUGUGUAAUUGCCACGUGUGAGCCGCCUCCAGCCAUCAGCAAUGGGAAGCACAGUGGCGAUGAUGAAGACAGCUACACAUAUGGCUCUUCUGUCACCUACAGCUGUAACCCUGACUUCUCAAUGAUAGGCAAAGCCUCCAUUUCCUGCACAGUGGAGAAUAAAACAAUAGGCGUCUGGAGGCCAAGCCCUCCCACUUGUAAAAACAUUGUCUGUCGUCAGCCACAGGUUCCAAAUGGAAUCUUUGUUUCUGGAUUUGGACCCCUCUAUUCUUACAAAGACGCUAUUGUGUUUGACUGCAAGAAAGGCUAUAUCCUCAACGGCAGCAGUUUAAUCCACUGUGAAGCUGAUAACAACUGGGAUCCUCCUCCUCCCAUUUGUGAGCUCAAUGCUUGUACUAACUUACCAGACAUCCCACAUGCCUCCUGGGAACCCUUUAGGUAUCACCAGCCAACAAAAGAGGACCUGUAUGAUGUUGGGACUGUGUUGAAGUACCACUGCCAGCGUGGCUAUAAACCUGCUUCAGAUGAACCUACAACUGUGAUUUGUCAGGAAAAUUUCAGGUGGACUCCAUACAUAAAAUGUGAGGAGGUAUGUUGCCCAGAACCAGAGCUGAAAAAUGGCAAAAUCCUUGAACACAGAAAAGGUAGUAGGGUCAUCAGCUGUGGCUAUUUCUACGGAGACACGGUUACAUAUUCAUGUUUUGAGAAAAGAAAGUUUUCCGCUACUUGCCAAGGAGAUGGCACGUGGCAUCCCAAAACACCUUUUUGUGAUUACGAUUGCAAUUUUCCUCCUACCAUUGACCACGGACGUCAUAAAGAAGUUGAUGCAUACAGUCUUUUCACAUAUGAGUUUAUAUAUGAAUGUGACGAAGGAUACACUCUGGUUGGACAGGCCAGACUCUCCUGCCAUUUUUCACAGUGGUCAUCUGCAGCUCCUCAAUGUAAAGCUCUGUGUCUAAAACCGCGGAUAGAGCAUGGACAGCUCCUUGUGGUUAAGGAUCAGUAUAUUACACCUGAAAAUGUCACCGUCCAGUGUGACUCUGGCUAUCGUUUGGUUGGUCCCCAAAGUAUCACUUGCUCAGAGGACAGAACCUGGUACCCCGAGGUACCCAAAUGUGAGUGGGAGGUCCCUGAAGGCUGUGAGCAGGUGGUCAUAGGCAGAAAACUCAUGCAGUGUCUCCCAAGCCCGGAGGACGUGAAAAUGGCCCUGGAGCUGUAUAAGCUGUAUCUGGAGAUUGAACUACUAAAACAACAGUUAGGCAAGGAAGAGAAAUUCACUCUGAAGUCGCCACUGUAAUUCUUCCCAAAAGAGGGAGCAGAACGUGCCUUGCCGCCUUCAAUACAACAUGGAUCGCUUCAGUUUAUCAACUUUGCCGUCUCUUUUGCACCGUCAUUCCUGGUAAUAAUGUCUAGGAAGGAUAAUUGGUUAACGUUUAUGCUUUGGGACUGUGGAAUUAUCGAUCAUCUGUGUGGCUCAUGCUUUUGCUUUCCUGGACACAGAGUGCACAUAUUGUUCAAUUAAA